GCAUGGAGGCACGGAUGGAGGCGGACAACACCGUCAACAUGGAGGGGAAAGCAGACGUGGAAAUGGAUGAAAACCCGUUUGAACCUUACAUUGAAUCUCUUCGGCAGCAGCUGGAAGACCAGGACCCGGUUUUCCUGAUCGGAGUUAUCGUCGCUUUGGCUGUCAUUGUUAUCACCUGCGUUUUUCUGAAAUACUUUCUCACCAGCAAAACAGUCAGAAGUGCUGUGCUGCUGGUCGGACUGUGUGACUCGGGGAAAACCCUUCUUUUCAGCCGGCUGCUGUCAGGAAAGUUCAAGCGGACACAGACCUCCAUCACAGACAGCAGUGCUCCAUACAAAGCCAAAAAUGACAAGGGCAGCACCUGGACUCUGAUAGACCUGCCAGGACACGACAGUCUGCGCCCCCAGUAUUUGGAGAAGUUCAAGUCUGCAGCCAGAGCGAUUGUGUUUGUGGUGGACAGCGCUAUCUUCCAGAAGGAAGUGAGAGACGUGGCAGAGUUCCUGUACGUCCUGUUGACGGACACUGUGAUCUCCAGGAACUCUCCAUCUCUCCUGGUGGCAUGCAACAAACAAGAUAUCACCAUGGCAAAAUCAGCCAAACUGAUUCAACAGCAGCUGGAAAAAGAAAUGAACACCUUGAGAGUGACACGCUCAGCGGCCCUCAGCUCUCAGGAUGGCUCUGUGGGCGGCAGCGUGUAUCUGGGGAAGAAAGGCAAGGACUUUGAGUUCAGCCAGCUGCCCAUGAAGGUGAAGUUCCUGGAGUGCAGCGCCCGCGGUGGCAAGGGUGAGGACGGGGACGCAGACAUUGAGAGCCUGGAGAAAAGCCUGGCCAAACUGUAGAACAGCAGAAUUUGCCUCAAGGGCACGGACCUUGGAUCACAUCACCUCAGUAAUCAAAGGAGUUAGCAGAUGCAUCUCAGCUGGGUAUCUGUGUUACUUCACCCUUUUACUCCAAACAAACAAUCCCAUGUGUGUCGACUACAGAAGAACAUUUGCAAUAUAUCCAAUCAAAAACAAGCAAACAGACUAUGAAAGUAAUUGUGGACGUCAUAGAAAUGGAAAAAUGAUGUAGCAGAUGGUAAGGUUGCUUUGCAGUGCUGGGAAAUAACUGUGCUUAAAUCUUACUGUGAACAACCUUAAAGCGCUUGAUUUGGCUUAAUUAGAAAAUGCAUAGCUGCAGGACUUUUUGGUUAACUAGAAAAUAUGUUGCUUUAUUGGUCAUUUAAAGAAAGUAUAAUACGCUGUCAGAUUUUGAACUGUCUCGCCUGCAGAUUUGUGAAACAUUUAUUUAGGACCUGUGCCUUUUUUUCCCUGAUAUUCUUGUGAUGUGCUUGUUUGCAAAAAGAAUGAAGUUUACUUGUGUUGGAGUGUUGAAUACAGUGCAUUUGCAAUGAAUGUAUGAAUUUAUAGUCAUACAAAAAUGA